UCCGCGUCACUCGGCGAGCCUAGCGAUUCCGGGUGCGUCCGUCCGUGGCGGGACCUUGCGCAGCUCAGCUGAUCCUGACUUCGCCUUUCGGCCGGCAUGGCUGAGAAGCAAGCCGGCUUGGCCGGAGAGCCGGAUCCCGAGGGGUCCUCGCCAGGGACCUCGGAGUCCUGGAACUACGACAGGAACUGCGUGUUCUGCCGCGUGGCGGCUGGUCAGGAACCCAAAACUGAACUCUUUCACUGUGAGAAUGAAGACCUGGUUUGUUUCAAAGAUAUCAAGCCAGCUGCACUUUAUCAUUAUCUCGUGGUGCCAAAGAAGCAUAUUGGAAGUUGCAAGGAGCUAAACAAAGAUCACAUAGAAAUGGUUGAGAGCAUGGUAGCUGUUGGAAAAACCAUGCUUGAGAGGAAUAAUUUCACAGACUUCACAGAUGUAAGAAUGGGUUUCCAUGUUCCUCCAUUCUGUUCCAUCUCUCAUCUGCACCUUCAUGUGAUAGCACCCGUCAAAGAGUUUGGCUUCUUAUCAAAGUUGGUUUACAGGCAGGAUUCAUACUGGUUUGUCACAGUUGAUUAUUUGCUUGAAAAACUAAGAAAAUAAAACUGAACUGUGGACAA